AUGCCGCCACCUGUCGAUGUCAGCAAUGUCAAACCUGCCUAUUCCUAUUCUUGGGAGGAUAUUUGUCAUUAUGUCUACACUCUUCAGACCUACGGCUCCAUUGAAAACUUUCUCUUGAAGGAGAAGCUUCAUUUUCCUGCCCACGAUGGCGAUCCUGAUCGCCCUGCUGUGAUUGUGCUUCCGAAUGAUUUUCGGUAUCCCGCCGCCCCCGGCAUCGAGCAUAUUUUGAUUUGGUCUCGUGCUCCUUUGCAAGAAACCUACGUGAAAGAAAUAUUAGAAGAUCAUUACGGCAGUGAAGCAUGGGAAUGGAUUUACUUUGUGAAUCCGCCCAUCACUCAAAGUGUUCGCAAACUACCCCACGUUCACGUCUUUCUGCGACCUCGCAAGAAAUAA